CAGAAAAUAUUUAAGCAGCUUUAAAUUGGUGCAUUUUUUCAUAAAGCAGUUUGCAUAGUACAUGAAGCUGCAGAAAAUUUGAAUUUAAAAUUAGAGAUUUUUUUAAAGAUGUAGCUUCAAGCUGGAAUGAUUUCAUAAUCAAAUAAGGACCAGCACAUCAUAAACACAGAAAAAAAGUCUAAAUAGAAUUUACACUGUCACACCAACCAAACAGCAGAAAAUAAUACAAGUGCAAUUACUGGCUGCUAUGCGAACUCUUAUCUACCAAAUGGUUUUCUUACAGUACUGAGAUUUUUGUCUCCAUACUGCAUGCUUUCAACAAAUGUGGUUUGCAUUUCACCCAGGAAACACAGGAUCUCCUUUUAAUAUCUAUAUAAAAAAAAGCUAAGUGUUUGACAUUAAGUUGUCUAUAGUAAAUAGCUGACAGGAAGCAAACUGUUCAAAGUUGGAAACAAAUAAAGAUUUAUGACCCUACAGUGGUAAAAUUCAUAUUAAAUUCUUAGGUUGGAAAUCCACGAGGGAGAAAGGAAGUGUUUUGGUGAAAGGCAAGGUGAUGGAUUGAACUCAGAGAACUUUAAAGUGGGCAAGAACUGUGUGGGAGAUAUGAUUUUUUGAAUGUUUCUUGUAAAGUAAGGCAAACUUGUAAAAACAGCACUGGGAAAAUGGAAGAUUCCAAGGUGGCCUGAGGGGUCAGGAAAAGAGAAUGAGUGAUGUGCUGUGCUCAGUUAUCUCUUCAAGAAAGAAGAGGGGCUUGAACAAAUGGGCACGUUGAUGAAUACGAUAAGCAGAGACAUAGUUGGAUAUAAAUAUUUAGAAAUCAUGGCAUCCUCUCAGAUGAAAUAAAAAAAUUUUCACAUUAGCUACCAGGAAGCAAAAAUGGCACAGCCUCAACCAGCAGAGGCAGAUAAACACUCAUGGACAUUGACCAUCUGAACUGCAAGAAAACUUUGGGGUGAAGCACAGGCUGAAAUAAUGAAAGUUGAAAAGAGCUUUUUAAGAGAGAGAAUGGUUACAAAAUUAAUAAAGAUUACUCUUUCAAAGAGGGAAAAGCAAAUGGAAGUUUCAGAACUGGAAAGGCAAUAUGAAGAAAGAGAUAAUUUUAAUUAUUUCUGAAAUGUUGAGGCAAGCUGAAAAUAUUAAGAGCACAAUAUUAGAAGAUAACUUUCUCCUUCCUCACAUCUUUUUGGAAAUCAUAUUUGUGUAAAAAGCCACAGAGAAACAAGUGUACUUCCAUGGACACACUGAACUCCAAUGUGAACAUACUGAGUGCAAUUAGAUGGUUACAAUAACACAACACAUGAAGUAGAAAUUACGUUUGACAAAAAUAACAUAAGGCAAUGAACAAUUAAGGAAGGACAAAGAAGGCUGAGGGAAAAUUUUGUCACAGCAACUGAUUUUCUCACUGCUAAAGGUGCAGGAAUAAGCUUCAGGAGCAGCCAGUUUUCUCAGAUAAUUAUUGGUCUUUGAAGAUCAGAGGUGUACCCUCCACAAAGAAUCACCAGACAACAGCAUUUACCUGCAGAGGCACUGCUGAGACACUGAAGAUCAAUUUAGUCAAAUGCAGCAAACUGUGGCUGAUGUGGGGGUCUGAAUAACCCUGUUUCCUGGUAAAAAGCACAGUUUACCUUGGAAACAAGGACCAUGCAAAGUCUGGAAUCUUGUUCUCCAAAAGAAUGUGUUGCUCACAAUGUGUUGUUCAAAAGGAAUAAGCUUUUAGAGAAUCUGUUUUCAAAUAGAGAUUUUUCGUGUUUUAGUUAAGGCUGUUAGCAGUGUGAUGACAUAGUGGAAAAAUGAGGUUUUCACUGCAAAAGGCAGAAUUCUGGCAUCACUCUGAAGAAAAGGACCACAACAGGAGAUAAACAGAGCUUGAGAUAAUCAAACCCAGUGAUGAUGAAGGAACAGAAAUUGGAAAGUGUGAUUCACUUGGCAAAGAAACCCUCUUCUCAUAGGCACAUUUUUGCUCAUCACUACUUUGGAUAUGAAACCAUAAGCACAAACAUGGGAUGGUCAGAGCACGUGGCUGCCACGGUAAGCACACUGCACAGACAGGAGAGGAUCUUCUCACAAAGCAGAAAAGGAAUUAGAAGAUGCAAGCACACCUGAUGGAAAAGUAAACAGUGCUGGAGAAGAGAACUUAAAUCUCAGAAUAGAAGAGCUGGAAAAGUCAGAGCAAAACCUGAAAGGUGUUCUAGAGGACUACGUGGAGUCAGAUUCUGUCCUAAGACAUAGGAUGAAAGAGCUGGAGCUGUCACACAAAAAACUUCUUGCGAUGAUUGAUCAGCUCAAUGCAAAGUUACAAAAGGUUGAAAAUGCCAAUGUACGUGUUAAAGGGAAAUUGCGAGACAUUCAGGAGGAUCUGAUCAACUUGGUUGAAAACCAAAAAAAGUCAGAGAAGAAGCAAAAGGAAAAAUUGUGUUGGCUUCAGGAGCAGCUGAAGACAAAAGAAGAAGAAAUAAAAAGCCAAUCAGAAUAUUUUGAGCACUACAAACAAAGGCAGAGACAACAGACAGCAGUACUGAGAAAGAGGGAAUGUUACCUUCGGGGUGAGGUAUCUAGGCUGGAAAAGCAAGUCCUAGAUCUUAGUUCCCAUGUUUCUCUUUUGACAUCUGAGAUAGAAGAGGGAAUGGUGCAGCAUCUCCAGCAGGUGCUGGAAUCAACAUUCAGUGGGACUCAGGGUUAUAAACACCCUGACAUGGAAGUAGUGGAAUGGAAAACUUGUAUUGAAAAUGUGGAGCAUGAUGUGAAAAGCCACGUUCAGGCAUUUCAGCAAAAUCUGAAGCUCUUAAGGGAAAAAGAGGAGGAAAACAGAAGAGAACAGGGGGACCUGUUGACUGAACUGCAGUGCUCUCAGGACAACGAAGACUUCCUCAGAACAAAACUGGAAGAAUCUUCCUGUCAUGUCUAUAGUUUGAAAUUAUCUGAAAUCAAACUACAGGAAAAAAUGGAAGAGCUUUUGGAUGAAAACAGAGCUUUAAAAAAUCAAAGUACAGUGAUGUUGAAAAAGAAGAAAGAAAAAGACUCACAACUUGCAGGAUUGGAGAAUGGAGACAACAGUGUUGACUUGGUAUGUCAACUGAAUGGAGAUCUAAUUCAGGAUGAAGUUCAAAAUCUUAAAUGGAGACCAGUCUUGGAUUCACUCAGAAGCAGAGCUACUCAAACUCCAGUUGUGCUGCUACAUGCUGAAGAGUCUGAAACACCAGGAUGUAGUCAUGAUGGACUAAAGCAGAUGGAGGAGCUACCAAAAGAAUCUGUACCAGUCUGGGAAGGCAGUUCCAGUGUCUUUGUGAAAGUUGCUGGUCUAACUGAGGCUGAGCAGGUCACCCUUGGAACAGAGAGGGCAGGUACUCUAGAAGAUAGUUUCACUUUGUUUGGGUGUCCCCCAAUUUAUCAUGCAGCAGGACUGCUUUCCCCUUACUCUGAGAAGUUAUCUGAUGAUGAGACAAGUAAGAAAACCAAAGGUGAAGAAACCAUUUUUCUCUUGAAGGAACAAACUAUAACUCUACCAGCAAAGACAUUCCCUGCUUCUGUGGUUGAAGCCUUGAUGAGGAAGAAGCUCCAGCUUACUUGUUUCAAACCUGAAAGCUGCCACUCAUCAACUGUCACCACUGUGGAGAAAGUGAGGAGUGCGAGUUUCUGUGAGGCAAAUACUAAUCUUUGGUCUGCUGGCCUCUGCAUUAUUGCAGAAGGGGGAUUUUAUGACAAAGUUCCUGCACUUCUUCAUGGAAAGUUGCCUUCCACUGUGACUGAAAUUUUCACAGCAUGUCUAGAAAAAUACAACAUGGAAAAACAUUGGGAAAACAAGCAAGUUCUGCCAAAAAGCCUAAGUAAAAAUAGAUGUCUGGAUAAAAUUGUUGUUGAUGAAAAGUAUCACCAAAAAAUCUCUAGAGAGAGAGCUAAAGGACAAGAAAUACAGACUGAGAAAUCCCAGCCACAAAUGGUGACCUGCGUUCUUGAAGGAAGUUCUAAAUUUUUACAUAAAAUUGAAUUUAUCAGGCCUGAGAAGCAAGGAAUGGAAGCCAAAGAGAGACUAGGUAAUAUACAGGAUGUCCAAAGUUUGUCUCUUGAUUUUAAAGACUUAAAGAAGAGUUUUGAAGGGAGUCUUGAACUAAUGGAGAAAGAAGAAAACAUCUCAGAGAACUGCAUCUCUGAUGUGAAUAGCAGAUAUAAUGGAGAAGAUAUAAUUGAAAUGGAAGAGAAAGGAGUGCAGGCUCAGAAACCAACUCACCAAACGAACCCCUCCAGCAAUAUUGGCAUGAAAGAAAAGAAAGGCCAGACCUUGGGACUAUGUGAACCAAAUGAGAAGAAUUUCUCAUAUGAAAAUGUAGCUGCUGAAAACGUACAAUAUGCGUACUCUCAGAAUUUCUUUUGGUCAGAUGAAGAGAGGUAUCCACUAAAAUUACUGUUUCCUAUGCAGGACAGUGUUGUGUGCCUAGGUAAACUAUUCCUGCCAGGGAGCAGUUUUUAUGAGUGUUUCUGUCAUCUGUCACCACUUGAAGCCUGUAAUGAAUGUAAUGUGAAAAUAUCUGUACUGGAAAAAGCAGUGGCUGUGUGUUCUCAGAGGAUAUUUCUACUCAUGCAAGAGAAUGAAAAUUAUUCCAAAAAAGUCUGUACAUUAAAACAGGAGAAUGAGAGAUAUGCUCAGAUGAUGUGUGCCCUGGAAGAGGAGAUGGAUGCAUAUUUUCAGUACAUUUUAGCAGCAGAUGAAGCUAACGUUGUUUCAUUCCAAAACUUACUUAAUGAGAAAGAGGUUUCUGGUGGAUGUUACAGUAACUUAUCAGAAGAGAACAUCAUGACUCCAGGAACAUUUUUAGUUAAAACUUUAUCUAAGAACCUCCCAUGUAUUGAAGAGAAAAAUAGGAAUUCUGAAAAAGACUCAUUGACAAUUGCAUCAAAUAAACUUUCCAGGAGUGUUCUAUCCCUGAAGGGAAGGAAUAUGAAGUACCUCCAGCUGCUUUCUGACCUAAAAGAAGAAAGAAGCAGAUGCUUCAAAGAAAUAGCUAAAUUAUUUCAAGACAAGGAGAACUAUGUAGCAAAAUACAAUGAAUUAAUACAGGAGAGAGAGGAGAAUUUACAAAGAAUAGCUCUUUCAGAGGGUGAAAAAGAAACUUUGUUGGGACAUUUAGCAGAGAUAAAGUGUGAGCAAGACAAAUACAAGACCUUGGUUUCAGAACUCCAAGACUGCAAAACCAGCUGUUAUCAAAAAAUUUCUGAUUUACAGGAGGAAAAAUAUGUACUGAAAAGUGAGAUAGACAGAAUCAAGAAAGAAACUUCAGAGCGACUAGAUGAAUUUCAGAAAGCAAAUACAAACUUUAUUUUAGAAAAUAAAAAAUUGAAAGAAUUAGUGUCUUCUUUGGGUUUCACCUAUGAAGAGCUGAGAAAAGAGAAAAGUUUGGGAACAAAGAAAAAGAUAGUAAAACUAAAAGAAGAAAGUCAGCAACAUGGUCUUAAGCCAGAGAAAUUUGAAACAGUGUGUAGUGUAACGCAAACUGAAGAAGAAGGAGUUCUGGUUAUAAAUCCUUCAAACUAUUUCCCUGGGAAAGAGGGCAGCAUGUUUGAAAGCUACAGUACAAUGAAAGAGCAAGUUGAAAAGGCAAAAGGAGAAUUAAAAAUACAGCAAAAGGAAUUAGAAAAAUCAAAAAAAGAGCUGUGUAGUAAACAGAGUCCAACACCACCUACAUGGAGACUUGUUUGGGUGGCUCAGAAGUGGUACAGAGAACUUGGUUUUGCUGAAACAAGGUACGAAGAAAUCAAGGCUUGUUUGAUGCAAGUUCUCACAGAAUUAGACCACCUUAAACAAGAAACUGGGGACAAAAUACUGGGAAAGCAGCACUGCAAAUUAAUGCCUGAAUACAGCAUGAAAGAUGUCCAGGAAAAAGAGGUGAAUAAAAGAGCCAGUAUGAGAUUACAGCAGCAAGUGCUGACCUUGAAAGCUCAGCUCAGGGACCAGGCUGCAUUAGAAAAUCAGUUUUACAACCUGCAGAAUGAAGUGGAACUCCUUCAGGCUCAGCUAUGUGAAAAGGAAAAAGAACUUGAGAAGAGAAAGUCUGACGUGAAGUUGACAUUAGCUCCUCUGAAGGCUAAGCUGGCUUGCCUCACCCGAAAGUGCCAAGAAAGGAACAGUUUCAUUAUGAGGAUGCACAGUGAAUUUCAUAGGCAUGGAAUUAUUAACUCUGCAUUUGAUGAAGAGGUGAAAAACCUGGUGAAUGACAUAACCCUGACAGAUUACGUGGCUGCUUUUACACCAAUGUGUGAUCAAGAGUUUCUCUUGCAGACACUACCUUCUUCCACAGACAUUUCACAGGCUAAUGGACAGCCAGAGGAUUGUGAGACAGCUGCCAAAGUGAAUGGGAUGACUGGGUCAAUACCUGCAAACUCUCAGCAAGAGGCAGAUAGCACCCACAGUUCUCACAUCACUUCAAAUGUGUGUGCUGGUUCUCCUAUCAAAUUAACAAGCCCGGAGAGGAUCAUAGGCCUGCAUCGAGAACUGAGACAAAACCAUUGCAAAACUUACCAGAUACCUUCAGUUGUCUCCUCCAACUCAAAUCCACAGGCUGAUCGCAACUUGCCCAUGAUCCAUAAGGAAGCCCCUUGGCCUCUGCUGUCAAGGAUGAAGGAUGCACUGGUGCCUCUGGAGCAUAGUGUCUUCUGGGCCACGAAGGGGAGGGAUCAGUUAUAGAAACGUGAUGAUGUGUUUUGGGGUCAAAUAGGAAAUCACCAUGCAGGUGCUACUCCCCGGGGAACGAAACAGAAAAAUGCCAUUAUGAAUAAGGCAUGGCUCUCUAGAGAAAAAACAGAUGGCUCAACCUCAGCUACCACUGCAAAAAGCUAUUUGUCAGACGUGUUGUCAGCAAGUAAUAAAGGUCGAAAUCCUGUGGGUAGGAAUCAGCUGCACGGGAAAGAAUAAAACCUGCAGAAAUAAAACAAGCACCUCGGAAAUCCUCAGUUUCACAAAUUAUUGUCUCAGGUUACUACAGGCUGGGGCAAAGGAAGAAAGAAAAGCAGAAUGAGAGUCUCCUCUUGUCAACCCUUUAACACUGUGGAUGACUUUGCCAGUUGUAUCAGUCUACAUUAUUUAACAGUGGGAAGAGGCAGCCUGAUGUUUGAUUCAGAGAGAUGAUGAUGAAUUAAGAUGUUGCAAUAUGACUUUCAAUGCAGAAUACAAGGAAAGAAUGUAUCAGUCACACAGAAGAAGCAGUAGAGCUCCCAAGGACUGAUGAAAUGUGCUUUGCCCUGGUGGUGACUGCAGCUGCUACGUUAUGUGAAAAAAUGAGAAGUUGCCCUAAAUUACCAUCUGCGACGUUUCAGCCACCUCCUGUAGUGGAAGCUGGUCAUGUGGGCCAACCCAAUGUGUGGUUUGAGACUGAGUGUUGUUUUGCUUUCUUGGGAUCUCAGCAUUUACAUUUUAAAGCAAUUACCAAGUUAAGCACAAUCUCUGUGUUCAUGGUCUGCCUUCAUGGGCAUGUAGUAUCUUCAGCCUCGUAUGGCUUUGAGAAUUUCUGAAAGAGCCUUUGAUCUGGGUUGGGAUGUUUAGUAUUUCUGAGGACACAUACUUGAGGGUACAAACUGUUUAGCAAAUGAGACAGAGUGGCAUUUUUACAAGGGCAAGUAGGAAUUGGGAAUGUACUUCACGUACACUGAGAGGCACUUGGGACAUCAAAGUGCUGUGUCCUAAUACUCUGAGUAUUUCAACCGUGUGAAUAGGCCACACCGAAUUUAACUUUCAGAAAAGGCAUUUGCAGGUAUACAUGCUUUUCCUGAAAUAGGUGUGUUUGUGCACACUGGCUGGUAAUAGCACACAUGGUGCAAACACAUUUUGCAAUCAUGCUGCACACUACAGAUUACUCACCCAUAACCCCUUACUAUUCAUCUCCGAGUAUCAUUUUUGAAGGCAGGGAGAUGAGGAUACAGGCACAAGACUUGUGGAUCAGGGGUUGUAUGUGUACAUCCAUCCAUUCUGUAACUAAAGGCACGCAGCACUGUUAAGUCAGCGGCAAUACUCGUGCUGACCUGAGCGGCAGCAGCCAUGGGUACUGCUCUCAAACUGCCUCUUAUGUUGUGAUGCACUUUCAGUUUUGAUAACUGUUUUAUGACUUGUAUCUUCAUUUUUAAUUUUUUUUAAUGUUGAGCUAACUGCUAGGAUGUGCUGUCUUUGCAAUGCUUAGUUGCCCAGCAAUUACAGAUAUAUUUCAAAAGGAAGCAGGAGAAUAAUAAACCGUGGAAUCCCAAAUCAGAUUAAUGUAAUGUGCAUUUCUAGAUUACGAUUAGUAACAAGAUAACACGGUGUCAUGGUAACACUUGAAGCUUAACUAUAAGUUCCUAAAAUAAAGCAAUGACAUAUGUGUAGGUUUCUAUCCAUUUGCAUACUAUCCACCUGAAAACAUACAUCAUUUUUACAACACUCAAGCAAUUAAACCCUACUUUUUCCUUCUGGAUUAAGUGCUGAACUAAAAUAUCAUGCCUCUUUCCUAGUAUUUAUGCAUAAUCUCCCACCAUAAAUUAUAAAUGUUGGUGAAGAAGCUGUCCAUUUUGUAACAUCUUAGGCUUUCUGCCUUUUGGUUUCAUUUUAGAACAAUUAGAAUAAGGAAUGUAGAACACACUUUAUUCUUUGCGGUUUGUACCACAUUCAUGUCCUUGAAAUUCUACCACCUCCUAGUAUGAAAACUGUCUCACUGAUAUUGGAAAAUUCUGUUUAUUAAUUAAAUUGAUAGACUAGUGGGUGCAAUUCAUGUGGCUGAGGGUUGGGAAUUAAAAUCCCAACUUUACCUCAAAUCACUGUAAGAGAGGAGUAAACUUUCAAUGUGAGAUUGCUAGCUAAGAUGGAGAGCCUAGCUAUUAUUUUCUAGUUGCCUUACAGUGAAAAGUGUUGUCUACUUGUUAUAGAGUCUGACUUUCUUUCACUAAGCAGAAGUUAAUUUGUUUAAUAUGCUAUCUAUGGUAAAGGUGCCAGGAUAUGCUUUACAUGUAUUGUCAUUUUGUGUUAAACUUUCACAGAAUGCAAAAUUGGGCACUUUGUUCUGAUUGCUUUAUAUGCACAAUACUGCUUUGACCAAAUUCUUUAGUCAAAAUUAAGAUGCUGCAAAGUUCUUUUUAAGUAAAUAUGAUCUUCUUCUGUCACCUUAAAUAGACAAAAUGGGCAGUGUUACACGGAAAAUAUUAUUUCUUUGGCAGUUCACUUAUUUAUGUAUACUGUACUGUAUAGACCAUUGGAGGAUAUUGAAAAUAUAGCUUAAAGGUUGCUCCUUACACAACCUUUAAAUCCCAAAUUCUGUUCACACCUCCGUGGAUGGCAAAUGCUGAAAGUAAAAUGAUUGCCUCCAGCAUGAUAAUCAUGUUACAUUCAGAAUAAUACAGUUGCUGGGAAAUAUUUCAUAUACACAGCAGAGUUCCUAGGAUAAACCUCCUGCUAAGGCAUGGCUGAUGUUUGUCCUUGUGGCCUUUUGAAUAGUGGAAAGUCUGAUUUGUGUUUAAUAAAUCUGCCUGUAUUUCUCACAUGCAGAUGAAGGUUUUUAUUAUUUGAAUUUACUGUUGUUGUGGGGUGGAGGGAGGGACAUGUGCAUGCUGGGUUUGCCACUAAUCCUUUGGAAAUCCUUUAGUGCCUUAAGGAGGCAGAGGGGAAACAGACCUUAGGAUUACAGAAACUUGUUCAAACCUCUUUCCUGCUUUAGCAGAAUUGCUUCAAAAUAUAUUGUGCCUUUGGCUCCAAAUAUAUUUGCAUUAGAAAUCAGUAGCCAUAGGAUUAUGGACAGGACUUUUUGCCCCUGUACAAAUGUUAGGAAAGAGAGCAUACUGUUUCUUAUAAAGGAUGUGAAUUAAAAAUGUAGCUAACUUAAAUUCUACUGUUGAGAUCCAUGAAUACUAGGAAAGUUGCAAGUUGCAGUUAAAGCCAGAAAAAAAAAAAGAAAAAAAAAAGGAGAAAGUUUAAAUAUACUAGAUGAAAUGCUUGUACCACUGAAGUGACUGGCAAAUUUCCACUUGCUCCCCUGGGACCAAUAUUUCAUGCUUCCUUCUACUUGUCUUAAUAAAUUCUCACAAGUGAUAGAUACAUGGGCAUCAUGUUCUCUUUAACAUUGUUUAUGCACAUAAGGGAAGAAAAGAGAGAUUAGUAGUUGUGGAGACCUGCCUUGAUUUGGAGUUGUUUGGAUCUAUGGUAUAAAUCUCUGUUCACUGUUGUUUCUCUGUGUAACAUAGACUAUUUGCUAUGGGCAUAUGAAUAUUCAAAUGUAAAUUCCAGUAUGAGAGGUUACUGUGCAGUGUGCACUGACCAGUGCCAAACAACUACAUUUCUCUACUCUCUGAACCUUGGUCUUUUUGAAAAAGAGGGAAAAUGUAGCUAACAGACGAAAACCACUCCUGUGCCAAAAAAGCUUGCAUGAGGCAAUUCAUGUACUCUCUGAUGGUCCUAAGCAGCUCUUAGGAAAAAUUGAAUAAGCUUUUAGCUCAUGAGUGAAUUUUAUCUUCUAGGAACUAAGAGCAAUUUGCUAAAAAAAAAAAAAGAAGAACUAAAAAAAAUUAAGGCCUGAAAAUCAGGCUGGUGGUGGUCUUCUGUUUUGCUCCCUGUGAUGA